CCAUGGGGUGGUUCACAGAGACCCCUCGACGCCAAAUUGCACCGUUAAGCGCGGGGAUACAGGUGCCUCCAAGCAUACAAUAACUAUUAUAAUAUCUAGUACACCCCUUGUAAUAUAUUUAGUAAUAUCGAGUGCGCGUGUUCACGCACUCAUCGCAGCGCAUCGAGGCGAGCCUCAGAAGAAGCCGCGAAAGAAAACAGCACUGUUCAUUUUUUUCGUCUUGUUUCUUUCUCACUCCUCCUCUCCUGCUUAGCGUGCACACUGGUGUGUGUGUGUCUCCCCCACCCCUGCCCCCUCUUCUCUCUCCACUCUUCCCCGCCCCUGCUUCUCCGCCACGAGCGCGCGCCGCCUGCAAGCUGCUUGCACCACCGCGCCUGACUCGCGCCGGCCGUCAGACGGAGCGCGUCCGCCUUUACCACGAGGACGCGCAUCCCGCAAAAAAAAUCUAGCGAGAGAGAGAGAGAGCGGGAGAGAGCGAGACACACAGAGAGAGAGAGAGAGCGCGCGCGCGGGAGAGAGCGCGCGCGCGAGAGAAUGAGCACGUGACCUGCGCUCGCUGCGAGAGCAUCUGGCAAUGUCUGCUCGGCCGCCACCGGCGCAUCGCUGCUGAGCUCAGUCGCCCCUCGGAUGCCGUGUUACGCAUGUUUCGGCGCUCACAGACACCGGCGGAGGAUCGGAGCGGCGUGAGCGCCCGAGUCGCGUCUCGUUCGUCCUGCGGGUGAAACUUGCGGAGCUUCGCUGGAAGAGGAGACGGGCGAUGCAAUGGGAGUAUUGGGAGCUCGCUUUCUGCUCGCUCUCGGGAUCGUGGUGAGCUGCUACGGCUCCGUGGCAAUCGGCGACUCCAUCAUUCACAUAGGCGCCGUGUUCGAGCGAACGGCCACCAAGGAUGCCGAGGUGUUCGGCCAAGCGGUGUCGGACAUCAACGGCAACGACGAGAUUCUCCAGAGCGAGAAGAUUGCCUACUCCGUCAAGUACGUGGACGGAAACAACCCCUUCCAGGCCGUCCAGGAAGCUUGCGAGCUGAUGGCCCAGGGGAUCCUGGCGCUGGUGAGCAGCACUGGCUGCAGCCAGGCGGGCGCUCUGCGUGCCCUCACCGACUCGCUGCACAUCCCUCACCUGUUCGUGCAGCGCGGGGCUGGGGGCUCCCCUCACAGCGACUGCCAGCGGCCCCGCGCGGGCCCCGGCUACACGCUGGUGCUGCGGCCGCCGGCCCUCGCCACGCAGGUGGCCCUGCGCGCCGUCACCGAGUUCCACUGGCAGCGAUUCCUCGUCUUCUACGACUCGGCCUACGACCUGCGGGGCUUGCAGUCAUUCCUGGACCAAGCGACGCGGCAGGGCCUCAGCGUGUCGCUGCAGCGCGUCGACGCUAAUGUCAGCUCCCUGCUGGCCGGCCUCUUCUCCUCACUGCCCAUUGAGGAGCUCAACCGAUUCCGCGACCUGCUGCGUCGCACCGUGCUGCUACUCAGCCCACGCAAUGCCAAGGUGUUCAUCGCCGAGGCUAUUGAAGCGAACCUGGCUGCAAUGGACAGCCACUGGAUAUUUGUUAAUGAGGAGAUCAACGACGCCGAGAUCCAGGAGCUGGCCAGCACGGCCAUCGGGAGGCUCACCGUGAUCCGACAGAGCUUCCCGGUCGCGCGCAACGCCAGCCAGCGCUGCAUUCGCAACAACCACCGCAUCUCAGAGUCCCUGUGCGGCACGGGCGACGCCAAGUCCCUCGAGGUGUCGAGCCGCUACGUGUACGACAGCGUGCUGCUGCUCGCCAACGCCUUCCACCGCAAGUUGGAGGACCGCAAGUGGCACAGCAUGGCCAGCCUGAGCUGCCUGCGCAAGAGCUCCAAGCCGUGGAACGGAGGCCGCUCGAUGCUGGACACCAUCCGCAAGCACAACCACUCUCCUGUCCCUGUCCCGUCUCCCCACCAACAGGGCCGAGUGAGUGGCCUCACAGGGAUCCUGGACUUUGGAGACGAUGCUCUCAACCACAACGUUCAGUUCGAGAUCCUGGGCACGAGCUACAGCGAGCUCUUUGGCCGCGACGUCCGGCGGCUCGCAGUGUGGGACCCGGUGCGAGGACUCAAUGGCACUUUGCGAGACCGUCGCCUCGAGAACAACAUGAAUGGCAUUUCCCUACGUGUCAUCGCUGUGCUGGAGGAGCCCUUUGUGAUGCUCGCUGAGAACGUGCUCGGCAAGCCCAAGAAGUUCCAAGGAUUCUCCGUGGACGUGAUGGAUGCCCUCUCCAAGUCGCUUGGCUUCUCCUACGAGAUCUUCAUGCCAGCCGACCUCAGCUACGGCCUACCCCAGGCUGACGGCACGUGGAGCGGCAUGAUUGGAGAGCUCCUCAACAAGAGGGCGGACGUGGCGAUCUCGGCGCUCACCAUCACUCCGGAGCGCGAGAGCGUCGUGGACUUCACCAAGCGCUACAUGGACUACUCGGUGGGGGUGGCGGCGAGGCGCCCGGCCGACUCGGCGGGGCUCUUCGCGCUGCUCAGCCCACUGGAGCCGGCCACGUGGGCGUGCCUGGGCCUAGCCGUGGGGCUCGUGGGCCUCCUCGUCUACCUGUUGAACCGCGUGACCCCGCGCCGCGAACCGCGCCACAGCCCCUCGCUCCCCGCCUCGCUCUGGCUCGUCUACGGCUCCUUCAUGCAGCAGGGUCCAGAGCUAUCGAGCAGCUCCUUGUCUGCCCGCCUGGUAAUGGGCGUCUGGUGGCUCUUUGCGUUCAUCGUCGUGUCCUCCUACACAGCAAGCCUCACCGCGCUGCUCACCAUCAACCGCAUGGACCCUCCCAUCAGGUCCAUGCAGGACCUGGUGAGGCAGUCCGAUCUGCAGUACGGCACAGUGCUGGAUUCUGCAGUGUUCGAGCACAUCAAGAUGAAAGGGUUGAACCCACUGGUUCAAGAUGGACUGUUCGCGGAGAUGUGGAAAGUGAUUGGGCGAAACAAUGGAACGGAGAACUGCGUGCGUGACCCCUGGGAUGGCAUUCGCAGGGUGAAGGCUGGCAGCUUCGCCUUCCUGUGGGACUCGGCAGUGCUGGAGUACGCUGCGCUGAACGACCCAGAGUGCAGUAUCGUCACCUUCCCCAGCACGAUGUACACCAAGGGCUACGGCAUGGCGCUGCAACACGGCAGCCCCUACCGUGAUGUCUUCUCACAGCGCAUUUUGGAGCUGCACGAGACCGGCGAACUGGAGGCCAUGCGCCAGCGCUGGUGGCCCCGCGCAGGGAAGUGCGACCCCAUGGGGCACACGAGAGAGCCGAGCGGCGGCCCGGACGGUGGCCACAUGAGCCGGGCCCUAGGCCUGCGCAGCUUUGCCGGAGUCUUCUGCCUGCUCGCCAUGGGCCUGCUGCUCGCCUGCCUCGUAGCCGUGCUCGAGAUCUGGUGGAAUCGGCGCAAGAGGCACCGCGGGCCCAACAACCAGGAUGACAAGGAGAUGGACAUGCAGCAGUUUCACCGGCGGCUCAACAGCCUGAGCCUGGAUGACGAAGCCGCUCACAAGCAAAUUCCAAGCGCCUCGGGCCCCGCGGGCGACCCCCAGUCGCACGAGAUGAUGGGCGGCGGCGGAGGUGGGGGCGGCCCCGGGGGUGGCCGCAACAUUCCCUCCGGCUCCAUGCGGUCGGCUCACGUCUCCAUGGAGCAGCCCGGUGACUACCCGCACGCUCACACCCACGUGCACGCCCACGGCCACGGCCACUCGCACGUCCACGCGCAUGGCCACCUGUCGCUGCCGCCUCCGCCGCCGCCGUCCUCCACCUGCGGGUUCCUGCCCGAUCAGGCGGGCAUGGGCCCCGCCGUUGUGGCCGUGGCCGGCAGCCGCCCCCUGCCCUCCAAGCUGAGCAUCAACCUGCCACUGGGCGGCGGCUGUGGCGUCGGGAUGAUCGGCGGAGGGAGCAUCGGAGGGCCUGGGGGGAACGUGGGAGAGCACAUGUCCGUGGGGACGUUCAAGCACCGCGCGCCCAAUGGCGGGAUGUUCCGUCAGAGCCCCAUGAAGCCCGCCACGCCUGUGCCCUUCCAGUCGCUGUCCGCCACCAUCCCGGAGGAUCCGGAAGAAACCAACCAUGGCACCUCCAUCUAGAGUUAGGUCGUAGUGGCCCGAGGCCCGGGUGGUGCUGCGGGCUGCGCAGGUGAGAUCUAGAGAGGGGAUGAAGAGCGUCAUAGUUGUGGAGAAAAUCAGGGUCGAGGUGCGCAUAUCCACAUGUGAUAAGAGAAACAAAUUUGGGAAAACAUGCGUAGGAAAUUACUCGAUUCUCUCGCUUGUCCAUUGACAAAACACGCACUUUUUACUAUAUUUGGAUUUUUUACAUUAUCAACCAAGAAAAGCUGUAAAUUCACAUCCAAUACCAAUUGAGCACACUCAGUAGGGUGAUUCAAGAGUCAUUGGGAAAACCUAGAUUACAAAAAUAAUCUUCAAAGAUUUUUUUUUCUGUUUUUAGGUGGAAUUAAGUCAAUCACAUGGUAUUCUGAAAUGCUCUAAACGGCAAACAGAAUGAACAUGAAAAGGAAGAUUCUUGUGCCACUCACUGGUGAGAUAUUUCAUUCCUUUCAUUUUAGAUUAUUAUAUAAUUUAAAUCCAUGAAAAUAUGCUGUAUCUAGCAUAUAGCCUGGCUUUUUCCAAGUGACAAAAUAUUUCAUUAAACGUUUUUAAUAUGGCAACUGCCAUCAAAUUUUAUUGGAGAUCCCUUGUCAUAUUCUUUUGGAACACAAUCUUAACUGGAAAUAUUGCAGAAAUAUUAUUUACCCAUUUAUACCUCGGGCUGAUAGUAAAUAUUAUACGAUAUGCUUUGGAAAAUGUUGAAUUCAGUGCCAGCCGCAUAACUUACCCGAUGUUUGUGAUAAUCCACGUAAAGCGUGUAAUAAAGUAACAGAAUAGUCAACAUCACUGUCCUAAAAUGUAAUCUAAAGCCAUCACUAUGAGGCAACACGGUGUUUCAUGAGUGAUGAUAUGCUAAUUAUAAAUGACGUCACUAUUACCAUCACUGAAUUGUCGGGUCACUUGCAUGUUGUCCACAUCGUGGAGCCUAUGGAUUUACCAUUUGUGUUGGCAAAUCCCACAGCUUUAUAAAUGUCUGCAUGGACUAUUUAUCUUCACACUGUUGCUAAAUUACAUUUUUAAGCAUAGGUUAUUUAGGUUUUUGGAUACUCCGGAGGUAAUUAUGCUGCAUUUAAUUGCAUUUUAGGACACGAUUUGAUUCCAGCUGAAAUACAAUGCUCAAUGAAGGAUCUGAAUUUGUAUUCCACAGACAUACAACGUUCAAUAAAAAGGCCAUUCUCUCAGCAAGAUAAUACACAGUUGCAGUGUCAAACAGCUGUGUAUGUGAGAUCCUCAUGUUGAGACAUACCAAUGAAACCGUGUUGUUUUAUUCGCUAGCGUCUGCAUAAACUGGCUCUAAGUCUGAGACAUAAUCUCACGAUGCAGAUUAAUGUUGUUAUUUUUUUAAGAAACGUGCAGGAGAAAAAUGAACGACAAAUUUAGCAUGAUCCAUCGCGGUGCCCUCUGUUGUGCUUUGAGAAACAGAGAGCAAGAACAUUAGGAAUAUAAUGGCCGCAAGUGAAGUCGUGAUGAGUGUUAUUGUUUCACGUCUACUGGAUGUUAGUUGUCACAUCUAAUGAUUUCACGCAUUUUCUCGAAUGCCGAGGCUGCCGUUCUGCUCAUAAAACACAUCGUUCGCUGGCAGACUACUUUGAAGUGUUAAUGCUCUAGAAGGUAGCUGAUUGAAUAUUCACUAUUCAAGAUGUUCAAAGAUGCUUUGUGAAAAAUGUUGACAAAAAAUGCUAACUUUCUCGGACACUUAUUUUAGCAUUAUUUUGUUUUACGUUCCUUCAAGAUCCUCUUUAAAAGUUAAAUUGUUGGACAAAGUUGCCAAACGGCGACGGUAGCAGACCUUACCAAAGGUACCCGUGGAUACGUCACGAAGAGCAGCGGCGUUGGUGGGAGACGGCGGCAAGCACCGCAAAGGAUCACUUGGCAUUCUGAAGCUCACAGCAUCUGUAUUGAUGUGACACACCAGCAUACCAGUGUUCUAGGGUCAACAUUUAGAGUGUUUGAAAAGCUUAAUUUAAUAACCGCCGAAAGGCCCCGUCCAUUCUUUACACAGAAGAACAUUUGACUCACACAACAAAUGUCAAUUGCAAGAGGUCAUUGCAUGGAUCUGUGCCUGCAUAUUGCAGUGUUAUUCAAGGUGUGUUUUGAGAUUCCAUCAACCUUGCUUUAAGGACUGCAAAGCUGCAGGGCUGCACUCGUACACACGUGUUCACGUGAAGCACUUUGGGCACAGACUGUAUAAUGGAGGUCACUUUUCAAGGACAAUAGAUCACUCCGCCCAGCAGGAAAAAACAAACAUUUUUUUUAAACUCACACAAAAUGUAACGAACCAAUGAGGAGUUAAAUUUCACAAUAUCACAAAAGAAACAUUUAUUUUAAAAGUAACUUGUAAACGUCUAUAUUGAGAAAUUAAAAUGUCGUAAGUCUGUGAGCCACUGAACACAGUAGCCUGGCAAACAAGAAGAUAGAGAAUAGUGGAGAUGACAUACUCGAUUCCCAAUCACUUUGCAACCAUAGGAAUUCAUUGAAAUUCAGAUUUGCUUUGCUGUACUCAAAAUACAUUUCUAACAGACACCACUGACUUCUCCAUGUGCCAAGAAUGUCUAUAAAAGUCUUUAUUAAACUGUACAUUUUUAUGACUGCUCUUGAAGAAAAUGAAUUGUGAGAUGUUGCAGAAACCUGCUAUAAAGCUGUCUCUUUUUAUGAUAUUUUCUCUUUCUCUUGUGUGUAUGUGUGUGCGUGCGUGCGUGCACGCGUGCGUGAAGUGUACGUGUGCGUCAUCCCACAGCAUAUGAAGCUGCCAUUUAAAAUUAACCAGAUUAUUUUACCGACAGUGUUUGUUGUUUUGAGCUCAUUGGAAUUUUCUUGAAAGGAAUGGAAAGCUCACAAGCGGCCUUUGUACAGAAUAUGUUAUAGAUAAACCAUGUACUAUAAAGUUACUGAUUUUGCCCUCCCGCUUUGGUAACACUUUUGUUUUUGCUUGCGUAUAAAUGUACGUCCAGAUUAACUUUUAACACCCGUGGAAAAUAGUGUUUAAUGAUCGGAUUGAAACGUGAAACACAUCGUUUUGUUUAUUUUCUGUUUUAACGGUAUGGUUGGCAAAAGAAGUGAUAUUUGAAUUGCCAUAGGUAGCUGUUGAUAUAAUUCACAAUGUACAGUAUGUUUUUAUAAAGUAUAUUUUGCUCUGUGUAAGUUUUUUGUGUGCAUUGAAUAAUUUUAAGACUUUACAAGAUGCUUUAGGUCAUUCUUGUGCCGAUUGGUGAGGAAAAAAAACAUACCUUUGUAGCAUUUUGUGUGUUGGUGCUUCAAAUUAAAUGUUAAUACAUCAAGGAGAGUGCAGAUCUUUUAAAUUGUUAAAACCUACUUGGAUAGCGUGUGCUGUAUAGACAGAAGGCUGCGGUAACAUCAGCAGCCAUUAAAGUGCAAUGAGUUCUGCCUGGAGCCAAGUUCACACAGAGGUCUCAGAGGUAUACCGUAGGAUGUUCAGUAUGUGGUGGCUUUAGCUUGAGGCAUGCAUGUAUGUUGAACUUGUAUGUACGUUGAACUUAUUUCGCACCGUGCAUAGCCAACCGUGCUAAUCGGAGGUGCGGGGGGAAGGACGACAAGCUAAACACAGAAAGCAGUUUUAAAGGAAUUCGUUUUCAAUCUAGAUUUAGAAGGGCAUGGCUUCCAGUGGCCUCAUAGUAUCGGAAGGAAGAGCGUUCCAGACGGCCGCAGAAGCGCACCUGAAAGCGCCGCGAUGAAGUGUCCGUCUUUGUUCGAUUUGCGAGACAAAAGCCGCUGCUGCUGAUGCUGUAAGGCAUCUUUGGAGCCGGCCACCAAAACGUUCGCACAGAAAAUGUCAAUUUAGGUGAUUCUUGCACGAUCACGGAUUUGAGAAUGUGUUGGAUUUCGUGAAAGACAACAAUGACAUUAACAGGCCAGGUUGCCCAAAAGUGACAUAAACCAUCCGUCGUGUCACGUGGAAUUCGGCCGUUGUACGUUGUUCGCGUCUGGGUAACUACGUACUAUAAUUUUCUUUCAAACUUAAUUGAGGAGGACGUUGACAACUUAUUUCCCGCUAGUAAUUGUUUUUACAAAUGUAAUGAAAUAAAGCACAAAUCAACGCACCAAUAGAGUGUUCAACAAGGGUUUAAAUUAUUCUACAAGGGUUUAAAUUAUUCCACGAGGGUUGCGUGCAUUUUAGCGAACAGAAUAACCUCACAGUGCAAAACUUGCGAGCAAAAGUGUUCACGCCAGUAUCAAUUAGGGUUGUGACUGCGAAUGCGGUGACGUUGCGAAUUUACGCAGUGCCUCCCGUGGCAACGCCAAUGUUAAAAGCCACCCUUUGAUGACGCUAAUUAACACACUUUAGACGCGUUACCCAGUCCGUUGAUCAUACUGCCAUCGAUCAAAAAAAAAAGUUUAAUGAAAACACCCAUUUCAUAACUAGACAUUCGUUUCUCAUUUUAACAUGCAUUGACAUUUGUAUACGCGCUUGGUGUUUCAUGUUUCGUAGAUGAUGCUGUUUAAGUCACCAAAGCUUUUUUCAUAUACAUUUGUAAGUAAUGACCAAUGAGUGGGAGUUUGAAUUAACAAAUGCUGUGUAGCAUUUAAAGAAUAUAGUAGUGCAUUAUGGUAGAGUGUUAAAAAAAAAAAACACAUUUUAGAUUGAAAAUUUAAUGUGGUGCAGAAGCGAAUGACAUGCGUGCUUAUGCGGCGUACAUACACUUUUGACAAAACAAAUGAAAUCCUAAGUACCGUACACUUGUGCAGAGAUUGAAUACGAUUGUGAAGAUUGAUGGGCGGUAAUGGCAUCAUGCAAUGAUCCAGCAAGAAUUAUAAUAAAUCAGGAAAGGCAGCUCUGGGUCCUUGUUUAAUAAGAAGUGCUGAUGCGUGAGAUAAAGUAAAGCGCCAGGCUACGAGGAUAAUACUGGGCAUUCAGCACUGGAGGUGGCAGUGAUGCUCACGACGGACAAUGACAAAUGACGCUUUCGCAUUAUCGGAGGGAAAAUUAAUAAGCGGGGACGUAAUUCACAUUUUGAUUCCUAGGGUUGGGUAGAGUACGAGAUGAUUAAAAUCCAAAAGCAACACACAUUUUAUGGGACGAUAUCAUUAGGCAUAAAUACAGAGGAAAGAUGCUGCAUUCUGAAUUCAAACAAUAAAAUUGAGGUCCCUAUGAUUGCAACCCAUGCAGUGAAUGUAAUUAUGAGUUACGGUUUAUUCUUUGGAUGAUCAAGUAUAAAUGUAAUAUGUUACCAAUGAACCAUUUACGGUGCGUGUGUGAGAGUAUUGAAACACUAAUAUUUUGUUCCUUAUUCUUAACAUGUUAUUAAUUUGAGGAAUAUGCGUUGUUUCCUAACCAGAUAAUAGGUCAUAUGACACAAAAGACGCAACUAAAGAGGCUAAAUAAAAUAAAAAUGCACUGCAUAAUUGUAGCAUUGUGACUUUGCAGACCGAUUGCUGAUAAUAUUCAUCAGUGUUCUCAAUCAAUUGAAAAACACUUUUAAAGAAUCAUGGUCCGUGAUUUAUAUUUUUAAAAAGAAUUCCCUGAAAUUCACGCUUGAGUUUCUGUCCUUUCCGGAGCAUUUUAAAGUAAUAAUUUCUCUGUGGCUAAAUUUUGAUUUAAAGCUUUCGUGACUGCAGGGAUUCAUAUUCUUGGUUCUUUUGGUAAAGGCACGUAGAAGGGAAACAAUAAAAUAAUAAAAAUAGUAUUAUUCCCUUCUACGUGACUUUACCGAAAGAACCAAGAAUAUGAUUCUCUGUGGCUGUCAGUGCUGCUGUCUGUCACUCUGUGCCCACGGUAACACUUGAACCCUUGACCAAUCAUGAUGACAUUUUUGAAAAUGGGCUGCGACCACAAUACCUCACAAUUGCCUUUUUUGGUCAAAAGUUCAAAGAUGUGGGGUCACAGUGUUUCACAAACAUGUUUUAGGCCGUGUGUUUGUCAAACCCACAAUAUUCUUUCGACUGUUCUGUUGUCGGCUUUCAGAAAGAGAAAAAAACUGAGACAAUUCCUGUCGACACUAUAUCGCUCGGUGAGGAUUGCUUUUCAAAGUAAAAAAAAAGAAGGCCCUGUGUGUUGAGGUCAUGGGUCUGUCUGGGGCAGUGACAGGGAAAGCACUUAACCACAGUGGUACGUGGAAGCUCAAUAGCCAACGGUUUAGUUACAACUGCAUUUGCCUUGUAAUAUUGCUAUGCCCAUGUCUUGCUAUGAGUAUAUGUGAGCAUAUGUGAAUAAGCAGACAUUUUAUAGUGAAAAGAAUAUGUAUUUUAGAAGUGAAAUCAGCUAGGACACACACCCAGUAGAGGGGACAUACUGUGCAUAAUCAUCUUUGUUGCCUACCUUUGUUCUUAUUAAAUUUCAAUAAUUGUUCUGAGUUUAGUAAUAGAAAAGAGGAAUAGAAGCUUGCACCUUGUCAACUUUAUUUUCAAACAUUUCAUAGCCACACAAAAGGUGAAAACUAUUUCGCUGUGGAUAUGCAGUCUAAAAAGCAUAAUUUUUUUUUAAUGUUCUAUUAUUGUCGAAGGGAUUAUAUUUUAAAUGCUUGUGUGCCAUUUCAAUUCACAGACACUAAGAUUACCCAACCACUAUAGGUAUUUUUUUUUUCAACUUUAAAAAUCGGUUUUGCAAAUUACAAAACACAACUGUUCACAAUUCGAACCGACAGUGUCGUGAUGAAUCCACUCGGAUGACCUUGGAAGGCCUCACUUUUUUGAUAGAAUUUCUGUACAAAGCGGCCCACUGCUUAAGCAUCCGCGCUUUUUUUUGCAGCUGCUGCUGCUGCUGCCGAUGAAUGAGUGUGGGUUGGGAACAACGUGGCAGGUGGUAUGGAUAAUUGUUGGUUGUUUCAAAGGCGGAGGUUUCAGUGGGAGGAGAGGGUCGCGUAAAAGGGGAGAUGGCAUACGUGGUGACGAUUUUUGUUGUUCAUUGGCUCCCAUGACUCGCAACAUUUUGCCCCGGGCCUGCUAUCAAUUUGGAAAUCAUUGUUUCUGUGAAAAUACCUUUCUAUCAAUAAAACCAUCACCAUUUUGCAAUGAU